AUGGUAGAGAAGAAAAACGGCACACGGACCGUACUGGAGCUUCGGGGUCAAUGUCACCAUAAGCAAGGAGUAUGCCUUCGUGUUUCAACGAGAACACUAAGAAAACCUAAUUCAGCUCUACGUCUGAUAGCAAAAGUACAGUUGAGAUAUCGACAUGAUAUAUUUGCUCAAAUUUCACGCGAAGGUCAUAAUUCGCACGAACAUUCUAUAGUCUUAGUCAGAGGAGGUCGAUUGAAAGAUUUGCCAGGUGUGAAAUCCCAUCGUAUUCGAGCGUCAAGGAUUUGCUGUGAAAUCCCAUCGUAG